AAACAAUUUUUCCGCUGGGAGCACGGUCAAUAAUAAAAAUAUGUCUAAUUGUUGGUUUCUCUCGCACAUUAAUGGCUGACAAAAAUUCUUUGCAUUUUGGUGAUAAAGUUAAACGAAAAUGCUGAAAAAAGGCAUCCGCCAGUUGCGCCGAGCUCCGUUAGUUGUCUUCUUUGACACAAUUCACCAUUAAUUGUGAAUCACCAAUCUUGACCGGUACGGCAGCUCGGAUUGGAAAUUAAUUCGUUCAUCAUCAAUAAUUAAAUUACGUGUGCGCAGAGAAACUUGCACUGAAAUAGUAAGACCUCCGUGAAAAAUAAAAAAAAAACAAUAAUGGGUACCGUAGAAUGUCCUGUGUGCACAUUGUACCUUCGGGCUGACAUGAGCCUUGAGGCACAUUUGGAGACGCAUCCACCGGACAAGGUUAUCAAAGCUUUAGUAGAAAUGGUUUCGAAGACAGGUCCCACGCCAGAAGCACCAGAAUCAUCUCCAGUAGUGAACGCUGCACCAACCAGUGCAUUGGAGUUGACCUCGAUGCCAGCAUGCAGCUCACGUUCGCAGACACCACCGAAUGCCCUAAUGUAUCACUCCAACGGUUAUGAACCGUUACAUUCGGCCGCUCCUCCACCACCAGCAACACUAGUUACAAAUACUGUCCCUACCGCAAUAACCGUUGUCAAAGCGUCCGAUGUCGGUUAUCCAAUAAACAACGUAAUGAUUGUGAAAAGUUGCAGUACGAAAUUUCUUCAGCCUGCCGGGAACUCCGGCGGUCUUGCAUACGCAUCUGGUUCAAUAGGAACUGGAAAAGGAAUGUUUCUAGAAUCCGAUCGUGGAGGAACACAAGGAGGUAAAACAGCUUCUAUCACCGUACGCCGUCAGCUUGCCUCCUCACUGUACCCUCGCUACACGAAUGAGCGAUAUUCUGGCCCGCCACCACCGUAUAGUACGGCAAUAUCAUCUACAGUAUCCACUGGUUCUCAGCUGCAACAAUCAACGAUGACUGGAAUUUCCUCAAAAUACGAGCAGAGACAACCGUCACCAUCUCAAUAUCAGGCGGCUCCAACGAUUGCAGUUACCCAGCAACAACAAUUUUAUCAGGCUCACCCACCGCCGCCACCUCCGCCGCCACCAGCAAUGCUGCAGCAAUCUUCGCUUGCAAUACAUCAGCACCAACAACAGUACCAAACCCCUUCAACCAGUGGAAUUAAAAACACUAACUUCCUGCAGGCUCAGUACACAGAAAAAGAAGAUGGCAAUUUUGUGGUAACCGAGAAUCCCAAAAAAGUUGUAGAAUAUACGGAGAACGACGAGGGUGAUUUCAUGGUAAUUGAAAAAAUUAUCAAAUCUUCACCAAGAGUUGUUCAAAUCUCCGAGGAUGAUCAUUCUAUAACAAAAUCAGAAACAAGGACCGAAUCUAAUGAACAAGAGGUACAACCGGAUGAAGAAGCCGGGGAAGGCCAGUCUGAAUUCGAAAUGGAUAUUGAAGAGGAUGAGCUUUACGAGGAAAAAGCAAAAGAAGAUUCCCUUCAGCAACUGGCAAACACUAUUGAGAUAGUAGAAAACGAUGAUGGAUCUUUUAACGAUAAUCGUGGAUCACACAAUAUGAAAGAAAUGCCAAAGCCGAUACUGAUCGGUGGUAAUGAGGAAAAUAGUGGCAAAAAAUGCAACAGGUUUAAUUUUAUCGUGGAAUCGUAUAGUUCAGGCGAUGCGGGUCAUUCCUCUAACGGGGCAUACACGCCUAAAAAGAAACCUGCUAGUGGACUAAAAGUAUUGAGUAAUGUGAAAGUAACCACUGAUUUAUCUCAAGGCAUCAAAGAUAUUAUUCUCAACUUAAAUAGCAAAAACAAAUCCGCCAAUGUUCCUGGAAGCACUAGUGGUAACUCCAACAAUGCAAACGAAAUAGGGGCAUCUAUCAUUUCCGGGGUUAAACAAGCAGCUGUUGUUAACAACAAUUGUCAGAAUGAGCUUAUCAUUAACACUGGUAGCAACAUGCCACCGAUCGAUCUCAAUAAUGUGAAAGAUAUCGAAAUCAUUAACGAAGACGAGGAGGACGUUCGUUCCGGUGAAGAAGAAGAAUGUUAUGUUGGAUCGAUGGAAGUCAAAGCAAGCAUUUCCGACAUAGUUCAAACUAAUCAAGAAUCGCAGGAAUCGUUAGCAUCAUCGCAAUCUACAUCUUGUGUUUCACGCACCACACCAACACCGUCGGUAAUUACUAGUGUAAUCCGAAUGACACCUCAUACAUCUCCGGUAGUUACUGCUCCAACUCCGCCGCCAUCAUUAACUCAAACAGUUGAAACCUGUAGCGUGCAAUCUACUGAACCAUCGAGUUCACAAGCUUCCACUUCAGUUCCAGCUACUGUUGAGUCCUCAGCAGGUACUGAUUAUAAAUUAGCAGGACUGUCAGAGGCAAUUAAGAAAAUUUCGGCAUUACAAACAGGAAAGAAAAAUUGUUCUGCAGGGCCUAUUUUUAACAAGCAGCCGAAAAAGUUAACGGUCAAACUAAAAACACCUCUUCCCCCGGUACCACCUGCAACCCCGCCUUUGAGCGUGGCGGAGAAAAACACGAACAACAACGGCACUUUAUCAGUCGUUCCAAAAGUUGAACGUACCAUUAACGACGACAAAGAAUGUCAAGAACAGGAGCCUACGUGUUCAUCAACUACAUCUACAACAUUUGCAAGUCAUCAAAGCGAAGCCAUCGAUGAACUGUCCUCGCUCAUGGUACGAGACAACCUCCAAAGUCCUAAAGCUGCACAUAAAUUAGAGCUUCAGGACUCAUUGCCGUCACAAAAUUUGAUUCCGCUGAGAGAAGAAGCAACUGAUUUGACUACAGAAACCAUUACAACUACAACAUUAAUCACUACAAAGGUCGAAAAGGAUGCCAAACUAUCGGAAACCAUCAUUUUUACACAAUCUUCCAUGCACUGCAGCAGCAGCAGCAGCCACAGUGGACCCCCUUCAAAUGAGAGCGUGUACGACGAGUGCGAACAAAAAGAUGCUAUUCUUCCAUCGGAACAACAGGAGAUUGUUCCAUCUGCCAUCGCGUCGGUUGAGUGCUACAAAAUUACAUUCAUCGAUGAUGAUGCUGCAGAACCCCCAGUCAGUCAAUCGAAAUCUGAAACUGGUAAUGUCGCCGUCGGUGCACAUGAAACAGUUGCUACGAAUUCGGAAUGUAACGACGAAAAUCAAGAAAAUAAACCUAAACUAGAGAUAGAUGUGAAAGAAGAUAUCGCCGGAAGUAGUUCCCAGCUUAACGACGAUUAUUUAUCAUCUGGGUCUUCUAGUGACUCUGCGCACGAAGAUGAAGGAGAAAAAUUAAGAGUGAAAUCCUCCGAUGCUGUACAACAACCAGUGUCAAUACUGAAAAAAUGUAUUAAAAUAGAAAAGGUGGAUAAAGGAACCCUAGAUGAGUUAAUGGGUUGCGCUACUAUUUCAUCCGCAAAGAGUUGCGGUAGUGCACACUACCAGAAAGAUCAAAAAGAUUUACUCGAGGCUGGUCCUUCGAGUGCCUCCACUAGCACAACUGAUGGUAACGGUAAUGUUCGAUCAGGAAAUGUUGGACCUACAUUUUUAGAAUACUGCGCCGAAUAUGACGAUUAUGUUCCGGUUGCCGGAUACGGAAUGCCCCAAGAGCAAAUCCCAUUAUCUUGGGUACAAAAGUUCAGCCCACAAUAUGCUCCUUUUGAAGACCAGAAUUCUUACAUGGACUUGGAUAUGUGUAGUAACAAAACUAAUUCCAACAGCGUCGGCGAGAACAGUGCUACCAGUGCAAGUGGCAGCGGAAGCCUGGGAAGUCGAGUAGACAAUAGCAUGGAUCGAGCACCAUCGGCGGAAAGUUUGAAUAUCCGAACCGACGAAAAAAUGCCUGCCAAAGGUGAAAUAUCUGAACAAGAAAGUAAUGGAGAUAUGGAGUUGUCGUGGAAUAGAUUAUAUCCGGUUCACGAGAACAUUCCGAUUUAUCCUAGCUCUUACGACAUGUCGACGGCUCAGGAGUGUUGGAACUUGACUAAUCGUGGAAACACCAGUGGCGGUGGUCACAGCAGCAACAGCAGUAACGGAAACAAUAAUACUACCAACGCCGUGACUACGGGAGGACCAUCUAGCGCCAGUGUUCUAAACGGGGCACAACAGGAUCGCGGUGAAGCGUGCUAUCCGUAUCAUCAUCCUGCCAUAGAGAAUCCCUCCCACGGGUUGAAUUUUCAAUUUUCUCACCAGUACGAGCAACAUCGGAGCGACGUGGCCAACGAAGAAGAUAAGGACGACAAGUCGAAAAUUUUUCUGGACUAUGGAGGAGCUGGUAACAGCGGGUUAAGCUACCACGGAUUGGGAGCAGGAAAUAGUAGUGGCUCGAUUUUACACGACGAGGCAAAUCGCAAGUUGGCCAAAAUUCGUACGUACCGUUGUACUGAGUGUCCAAAAUCAUUUGCUCUGUUGAAGCAGCGACGGGCACAUAUGUUGUCCGAGCAUGAGAUCGAUUGCAAAAGAGAAGUUUUAGGUGCAAGUACUAGUGCUGCAUGCAAUAGUAAUACCACUAGCAUACCAUCGACCGUUACUUCCGGAUCAGCUUUGAGUCUGUUCGCUGGUAAUGCAGGUGAAGGUUCUAGUACGGCAUUGCUAGCUAAAAAGAUCAAACUCGAGCCACUACCAAUGCUAAUGAGCUACAGUUCCUUGAAACAGGAGCUCGAAUUGAAACGAGAAGGAGGAGUAGCUGAUGGAGAAAUCCCAGGUCCUAGUGGGAUGGCGUCUGGGUCCAGAAAUAGUGGAGUUUUGACAAGUGGUGAAGUUCGUCGAAGACGAUCGUACGUGUGCGGUACAUGCAAGCAGGUCUUUGCUAGGUUUAAACUUUUUAAUGUUCAUUUAAUGACUCAUCCCGCCGAAUGUUAUACAUGUGGUAAAAGCUUCCGACACUGGCCAAACUUUGCUCUUCACAUCAAGCGACAUCUGGGCAUAAAAGAUCAUCAAUGUCGACUGUGCGGCAAAAAGUUCGUAAUCAAACAGAAGCUUGAUGAGCAUAUGCGAGUACAUACCGGAAAAGCCCCGCUUAAAUGUCCAGAUUGUGAUCAACAUUUCCGACGGUUCUCGAACUUGGCUCAACAUCGAAACAGACACCACCUCAAUAAGGUUCCUUCCGAAAAAGAUUUUGUAUGUCAUUGCGGUGAAGUCUUCCAAUCGAAGGCCAAAAUGGAGUGGCAUAAAGAAAUCCACGAGAAUAGACCUAAGAGCUGUCCGUUUUGUCGGGAGAAGUUCAUCCACAAGAAUAGUUUAACUCGACAUAUUCGCUUGUCUCACACAGAGAAAUAUGUGAAAUUAGAAAUCGAAACCGAAACAUGUACCAUUUGUCAGCAGCCGUACAUCAAAACGAGUAUGAAACGCCACAUGGAAACACACACCGAAGAACGAAUGGCUUAUUCCUGUGCAAUAUGCAACAAGCUGUUUACCACAAACUGGAAUCUGAAACAGCAUCAGUGGACGCACGCCAAUCCGACGCUAAAACCGUUCCAAUGCAACAUGUGCUCCAGUGGAUUUGUACGUGAGGCGGACUACAUUACCCACAUGAAUGCUCACAAGUCGAUUCGGCCGUACACCUGCAAUCAUUGCGGUUGUCAGUUCAUCCGUAAGUAUAACUGGAUCCGACACACUCGUGAACACGAGUCAGACAAAAAGUACACUUGUGAAAUCUGCGGCCGUAAGUUCCAUCGGAAAUAUUAUUUGAAGGAGCACAAGCGCAUCCACACUGGCGAGCGGCCGUUCUCCUGCAACAUCUGCGGCAAAACAUCAUCAACCAAAACUAACCACAACAAGCAUAUUAAGAUUCACCAUGCGCGUGAUCCACUGACGGCGGAGAAUUAAGUGGUUGGGAUUUUCUUUGUUUAUUUAUCAUGGCUAACAAAAAAGGUUGACAUCUGGCUCACUUUCUCGGUGCCAGUUCCCGACAGGAAAGUAGCAUAGUGGAAAAAGGCCGUACUAGCUAUUAUGCCUAGCGAAUGGGCGAAAUUACCUACAUGACAGGUUUUAUCGGACAUUAUCUCCGAUAUCGCGAAGGGAAUAAAUUUUCGGAUUGCAAAAGCUACACAAGAGACCACUUCGUUUUAUUACAUGGAAUAAAUUUUAGCUUAUAUAAGUUUUUGCACAUGUUUCUGUUACUAAAGCAAAAAUUAACUAAUAAAAGCUUCACUUAUAUAAAUUUUCAAAAUUUUAGAACUAUUGUUGCUCUCAUUUAUACCGCAGCCAGAUGUCAGUCAAUAUUUGUAGAAACAAAAAAUUCAAAAUUAUCCACAAAAUUCCAAAAUCAAAAAAAGUAAUAAGCAAACGUCAAAUAUAAGUAGACAAACAAAUAGUAGAGCCUAAAUUUAUUUAUUUUAGUUAUGGUUUUUUUUAUGUCGUACUAUAAAUAGUCCCAGAUGGAAGCGUAAAGAAACAAGUUUGAGUGUGUCAAGUCCACAAAACUAUACAAAGAACUGAUUCAUUCAUUUUUCAACAAACAGACUAAUGGCUAACGUGCGUAAACAUAGUCCAAUUAUUUCUAACACUUAAUAGAAUGAGCAGAUAGCGAGCUUCAUUGGAAGCGCAGCAAAUCGUGUCAAGAGAAUGUUCUGGUUAAAUUAAUUUUAACUCACAGCAACCCUAUAAUCUUGUAUGAAGGCAAGCAGGAUGAAUUAUUACAACAAGCAUAAGCUAAGAUAAGUAAAGCUAAAUGAAAGGCAACAAAAGUAAUAUUAAAAUAAUAUUAAGUGCAAUAGUUAGGGAACAGUUUUAAAAAAAUUUCUAUCCUAGGUACACUUUUUAAACUAAUUGCCAAUUUGGAAGUAGUCGUUUCUUUAAACUUUCCUGAAAGUUUUCCUUCGUGGAACUUUUGCAUAAUUUUUCGAUGAUUUUUGCUCGCUAUCAGCCUGUGGCAAACUGUAAAUACUUGCAUAAGCUCCAUUUGUUCUGUUUUUCUUCAUUACCUUGUAUUUGUUAAGAACGUCCUUAGUUCAAUUGUAAAACUACUGAAUUUGCUCAUCGAUGCACACAAUCCAUACCCACAAUUAUAAUAAUAGAAAAAAAAAGAAUAAUUGAUCAGCCUCACCUACUGCAUUGUGCUCCAGUUGAUCAUUCGUCAGACUAUCAAAAGAGGCAACCACAUUGAUUUAUGCUGCGGAUACCUCCCGCCCGAAUUAAAAAAUGACUGAUCUUCAUAAGCAACCACUUUUCUCACCAAUUUGCCUCAUUCAUUCGAAGGUCUUAUUAUUUUGUUGUAACUAAAUAGUAUCGAUUGUAAUAAACUAGAACACCUAAACUCUAAAAAACAAAUUGAAAUAAAGCAAAAAAAAAACUGAAAUAAUUCGUAAUUAUAGGUGUAAUACAGACAGAAAUAAAAACAAAAAAAAUCUUUGCAAACCAACAAAUACUAUAAAACUACGGUAGCGUUUAAUGAUCAUGCGUAACUUAACUCUCAACCAGAGUGUGGCAAAUAUUGAUAGAGAAGCUGAAAACCACAUUGCAGCAGAACACGGUUACUAUUGUCCCGGAAAUUGUACAGAAACCACUUCGGGCGGCCGAAAUUCAACACGAAAGUGGACUCGCGAAUUCACACAUGACUCUACCAAUUGCAAACAUGUAUUCGGGAAUUUCACAAAAUUAACCACAAUCUCCUAAUUGAAGCAGAUCAUAUUUUUGACCGGGCAGAUAGUAUUUUUGGCUGUAAUAAAAUUACAACAGUUUGAAAGAAAAAUCAAAGUACAUUUUAGACAAAAAAAAGAGUGCGUUUCAGUAUAACGUUUUCUGUUUGUUUCGGGAAGAGAUAGAAUAAUGAAAAAUGCAUAAUAAACAGAACGUGAAAAUACAUUCAGCAACAUAAA